AUGUUAGAAAGUUCAUCAUCUGUAUCAAUUGGAUUAAAAUGUUCUUGGAAUGGUAUAUCAAAACAAGGAAUAAAUAUCAAUAAUUGUGAUCAAUCGAUUUUAGAAGAAGAAUUAAUUCUUCUAUCUGGACCAUAUGGUGAUGAUGUUGCUUUUGUUAAACAAUCAAAUGAUCAAAUAAUAAUUGGUUUAUCUGAUGGAGUAAGUGGAAAUCGUCAUCAUGGUCUUGAUCCAUAUAAAUUUGCUCAUACAUUAAUUAGUUCAUGUGCACAAGAAACUGAUCAAAUUCAAGGUUCAUCAUCAAUGCGUGGUCUUGUUCAUCGUGCUAUACGUUGUGUUGAAAAACGUUCUAUAUUUGGUAGUGCUACACUUUGUUUAUUAUCAAUUGAUAAACGUUGUUCAUAUCUUCGUUCACUUAAUAUUGGUGAUAGUGGUUUUAUGUUAAUUAGACAAAAUAAAUUAAUUGUUCGUUCACAUCCACAAUAUCAUCGUGGUUCAUCACCUUUUCAAUUAUCAUCUAUUCCAACAACACAAGUAUUUUCAUCAAAUACAACAAGACUUUAUCAUGAUAAACCAAGUGAUGGAGAAUAUAUUGAACAAAAUUUAGAAAUAGGUGAUUUAUUAUUAAUUGCAUCAGAUGGACUUUUUGAUAAUCUUUAUGAAGAUUUUAUUGUUCAAAUCAUAAAUAAUCAUUUAGAUGAACAAAUCUCAGUGGAAUCAUUGCAAAAUAUUUGUCAAAUGCUUGUUCAAUCAGCAUGUCAUGCUCGUAUAAAACGUGAUGAUAUUCUUGUAUUAUUAUUUUGUGUUGUUCCUUGCUCAUUAAAAUCAACAAGUGAAAAAAAUGGUAAAACUACAAAAAGUUCAUCAUGUUCAUCAUCAGAUUCAUCAUUAUCUUGUAUAUUAGUUGAACAAGAAGAAAUCGAACAAGAAGAAAAAGAAGACGAAGAAGAAGAAUCAUUCGAUUUAUUUAUAUUUAAAGAUACAAAUUAG